CUGCGUCUCCCUAGGCUACGGUCAACAAAAUAGCAGUUCUGCCGUCGCUGCCAAUGUACUUUUUUGACAAUAACAUCAUCGAAAUUGAGCUAUGUCUUUUUCGUACUAACAGUUACACGUACAGCAACACUUAUAUAUAAUAUAUAUACGUAACCGAGCAACUUUGGGAGCAGAGUAUCAACUUGUUGCUGGUAGCUCAAAGUAGCUAGUAUGCUAAUUGCCGUGCAAAAGCUUGUGUUCAGAGAUGACAAACGAAGAGUUCGAGACUUUGGCUUACAAAAAAAGUCCUAAAUCAACAAAAAGGACAACAUUCCAGGAUGAACUUCAAGCUGCCCUGUCUCUCAGAGCUACAAAAAAUACAUCACUUUUGCAUACACAAGAUUCAGAUGAUGAAGACGAUUUUUUAAACAACCUACUCAAAUCAAGAAAAAAGAGGUCUGAUGUUUUCAAGGCCUCGAAGACUAAAAGUAGAAUCAAUGACUUUGAAUUCUCGGACAGCGAGGACAAACAAGGGAGGAAAACUUCUUUCUUGAAAUACCAAGGAACUAUAUCUCUGGAUGGAGCGUCACAAGGUCAACGGGGGACGAUGGACAGCUGUCCGUUAUCCGGUGAAGACGAUUUACAACAUAAUGACGCAAAACUGACUGACCAUCAACCCACAAACGACUCAUCCACGUUGCUGUCGUACCAGUCAGAUCAUGCUCCUCUGGACUCAUCUUUCCAUAGCAGGAAAUCUCCAGGUCCCAUUUGGCCUGAAAGCAGACUGGAUAACAGUGGAGACACAAUCUGUCAAGAAAAUCCAUUGGAUGCUGACAUUAAAUGCAUAACCUCAGCUGGCACCGAGAAGGAGACACCUAGACCCAAACCAAGGCAAAGGAUUGUGGGAUUGAGCCUCCAUGCGACAGAGACAACAGCUGAAGAUGCAGAAUCACUACUGGCUAAACCAAGACAAAGAAUUGAGGGAUUGAGCCUCCAUGCGACAGAGACAACAGCUGAAGAUGCAGAAUCGCUACUGGCUAUCAGCAGACCUCAAACUUCUCCUCCAUUAACUCUCAUUGAUAGCAAUGCCUGCAACGACAUCACUGAUGGUGCUUCUCUGGAAAUAAUGACAACUGUAAAGAGCUGCAGUCCACAUUUGACUGAUGGAGGUGCUGGUGGUGAAGGUGCUGAUUCAUGCGCUUCAAAUGGCUUCACUUUAGCUGACUCCACAGGGCAGCAAAGGGCCAAGUCUGCUUCACUGGAAAAGUUUAAUCAAGAGUCGGCAGAUCACUCUGUUGCUCAUGUUGAAGUCAGCAGGGCAUCAAGUUCUCAGUCUAAGCGAUCCAACAGUGUGCGGUCCAAGAAGGUGAAGUCAAAGUAUAUGGGAACUCUCAAACUUCUCGACUGUAAAGGUUUCUCAGACUGUCAACCACAAGAUGCAGAUUCCCUCAGGGCCGCUGUUUUCCAGGAAUGGCUGAAAAGGAAAAACGAACAGUCCAUAGAGAGCAUAAACAAAGAGAAGAUUUGGAAAGAGCAAAAAAAAAAGGAAGAAGAAGAGAAGAAGAAAGAUGCUGCUGCUUCAUACGAGGCCUGGAAAAAAAAGAAAGACGAGCUUCUUAAAGCCAAAGCAACGAAAGAGAAAAAUAGGAUGAGGAAAGAACAAAGAGUGGUGAAAGAAGUCGAGGAAAAAAGGAAAGCAGCUGAACAGGUGUUUGAUCGAUGGAAGCGUGAUCAGGAUCACAUACUCAGAGAAAAGUGUCGAAAACAAAGAGAGGCUGAGAGAAAACAUAUGCUGAAGAAGCAGGAGGAGGAGGAAGAAAGAAAGAGAGGCAGCCAGUCUGCCUUUUCUAACUGGUGCGAAAAGAAGACCGAUGCCCUGCAGAAAAAAGUCUCAACAGAACGUUUGGAAAACAAGAAUAGGGCAGAGGAGCAUCGAUACAUUCAAGAGGAGAAAGAUAAAAUGGCUUUAGAGAUUUUUGAACAAUGGCUGGCAAAAAAGGAUCUACAACAAAAGCGACAGAAAGAAGAAAGGCGUAUACAAGUCAUCCUGCAAGACAGCCCUCCACCACCAUGGAGCCCACCUAAUAAAACCAUUCAAUUUUGAAAAUAACAUUCGAGACCUACGGUUGGUAGUCUAGUGAUUCACAUUACUGACUUUUGUCCAGAUUGUGAGAUGAAUUCUCACUCAAAAUACACCGUGAUUGACUGGUGAGUGGUCUUGGGUCUGGUCUGCCUUUUGUCAGCUGGGGUAGGCUCCAGUGGAUGGAUGUGGGUGACAUUUGAAACUGAAACUGUCAAACAUGCUUUUAAUAAGUAUGAUUUAUUUAUUGUUCAGGGACAUGCUUAUAUAUUUAGGACAGUUCAAUGGUUUUUUUUUGUACAUAAGUGAUUUUUAUGUCAAUACAAUGUGAUAAGAGGAGCAUUUUUUUAAUAAAUGUGUUGGGGUAUUUUUUAUAUUUACCAUUUAUAUAGCAAUAAGAAAAGUCGCUUUAUGUUUGAUUAUCUUGAAAUGGCUACUACUAAUUUUAAGGAUUAUUUUAAAAUAUAUUGGAAUUUAUGUUUCUUGUGCAUGUGUCUAACAGUCUUCAAUACUUUUCAUUACCAGAAAAGUAACAAAUGUAUUUUGUUCAGUGAUGAAUAGUAUUUAGUGGUUUUUAUUUCAAGAACAAUGUGAGAGAGGAGACUGGAACAUACUGAUGUUGGUUAAUACAUAAACGCAUAUCGUAGUAAUCCCUGGAUAACAUGUAAUUUGCCCAAUGCCAUGACACCAUAGCAACCUGGAUGUUUAGCAAGAGUUGUUCAAGUGGUCUUCCAGAUAUGUCUUGACACUACCAAAACACAGGACGAGCCAAAAGGGCAAAGUUAGACAAACACAGCAGAGUUUCCAUGCCAAAGAACAGUCGGAGAAAAAAAAUCAACCACAAAGUAAAAAGUUAAAACCGUAAACUGUAAUUAUAGUGAAAAGGAAGCGAGUUUCACCCUUAGGUAAUAGGGAUUGCAGAUCACCUCUGCAAUACUUCCCCACGCUUUCUCUCUUUGUUUUAUGAUUGUGGCGGUGUUGCCCAUUUUUUCAUUUGCUGUUUUACUUCCUCGUAAGCCUCUGAGGAUUUCCGCUUCCGUCGAGGGAAAUUACGUCUCUCUCGUUGCCAUUGGUGACUCGGUGACGCUGAUCGAUAGCUGGGUCUAUUUAAGGAAGCCGUGUACGCGCACUAAUCCGGAAUUGGUUUCACCUGGUUUGAUUAUUCUGUGUCUGCUCAUCCUGUCCUGGCCUUUGUGAAAACCAAGCCUAGACAUUCUUGUUUUGGUUUCAUUGAGCUCAGCUCAGUCAUUUAUCCUACUUUCGUGCAACGAACCACAGGAGAGGAAAGCAACAGAGGGGCGUGGAAAACUUGUACUACGUGGCACUAUGUAGCGCUCGUGGUCACUAAUAUGAGUGUGUGGGACACAUGCGCGUGGAGAGUAUAAGCGUGUGAAUUGAAACAAUCUGCUCGUAGAUGCCUUUUUUGCACCUCGACCUUUUUCACAUUUCUAACGUCAUAUGAAAACUUACAAUAUCAGCAGGGGACGAAACACAGUAUUUUCCGCAUUAUAAUAUGUUUGCGCAAAUACUGUGCUAUUACUUUGAAAAGCCACAAACAGGAUGCAUGUGUGCGUGAACUAAGGUCACGAAACGCCGACCAAAGACACUAUAAUUGAAUAGGAUUUUGCGAAAAUGAACGGAACAGUGUGUAGUACACCAUGGAGCAGAAGGUCCGCCAUGAUGGUGAGCAAGA